CCCGGGCAGGUUGGCCGUAGGACUCACGUCCUCGCCGGCCGGUGCUCCCGCUCGGACGCUGUUGCGCCGGCCUCCGCGCGGUAAACGGAUGCGCCCCCCGGUGCGCCGUCCCGGCCCCGGGAUGGGCCCCAAACUCGCAGACUCCGUGGACGAGCUCCGCGCCGCCGGCAACCAGAGCUUCCGCAACGGCCAGUUCGCCGAGGCCACGGUGCUCUACAGCCGCGCGCUGCGGACGCUGCAGGCGCAAGGUGGUUCGAACCCCAAAGAAGAAAGUAUCCUCUUCGCCAACCGCGCAGCCUGCCACUUGAAGGAUGGCAACUGCAGGGACUGCAUCAAAGACUGCACUGCAGCACUGGCCCUGAUGCCCUUCAGCAUGAAGCCCCUGCUGCGGCGGGCAUCGGCCUACGAGGCCCUGGAGAAGUACCCGCUGGCCUAUGUGGACUACAAGACGGUGCUGCAGAUUGAUGACAGUGUGGCGUCGGCCCUGGAAGGCAUCAACCGAAUGACCAGAGCCCUCAUGGACUCGCUGGGGCCCGAGUGGCGCCUGAAGCUGCCCUCUAUCCCCUUGGUGCCUGUCACAGCUCAGAAGAGGUGGGAUUCCGUGCCUUUGGAGUACCACAAAGAGAUGGCUAAGAGAAAAUUCAGAGAAACCACAACUUCCAAGAGCAGAGCGUCUUCUGCUGGGGAUGUGGAGAGAGCCAGAGUUCUGAAGGAAGAAGGCAAUGAGCUUGUAAAGAAGGGAAACCAUAAGAAAGCUAUUGAGAAGUACAGUGAAAGCCUCUCCUUUAGUGACAUGGAGUCCGCCACAUACAGCAACAGAGCGCUCUGCCAUCUGGCCCUGAAGCAGUACAAGGCAGCAGCGAGGGACUGCACGGAAGCGCUCCGGCUGGAUGGAAAGAACGUGAAGGCCUUGUACCGACGAGCGCAAGCCUACAAGGCACUCGAGGACUACAAAUCCAGCUUUGCAGACAUCAGCAGCCUUCUGCAGCUUGAGCCCAGGAAUGGCCCUGCCCGGAAGCUGCAGCAGGAAGUUAACCAGAGUUUAAACUAAAGCCCCAGAAGGCUAGCGGGAAGCCUCUGCCCGAGCUCCCUCCUCUGUGCCUGCUCCCGGGACCCAGCAUGCCCCCGAGCAAGCUCUGAGGCCACUCAGAGGUGAUGGCUUCCCACCCCUUAGGAGGCUUUGCUUUGUUCACAAUUAAGCUCAGAGUAGU